AUGAACAACCCAAACCCAAAUUAUCCUCAACCUCCUUUUUACUCUCAUAAUCAACCUGAUUCACCAGUACCUUAUGGUGAUAAUUCUAGUGUCGGUGAUAGUGAAUUCUUUCUUCAUGUGGAUCCCAAAGUCAAAGAUUCUGGGACCCCAAAUUUCAAGUUGUCCAAUUGUCAAGGAAGAAAAAAGGCCUUGUUAAUCGGUAUCAACUAUUUGGGAACCGACAAUGAACUGAGCGGUUGCUUUAACGACGUUGCCAACAUUAAGGAUUUUAUCAGUACAUUAUAUGGUUUCCAAGAGGAAGAUAUGGUGAUUUUGACAGAUGACCAACCCCACGACAGCAAGUUGUACCCCACACGUGAAAAUAUCCUUGCUGCCAUGUCUUGGCUAGUAGCCGACGCUCAGCCCAAUGAUUCGUUCUUUUUCCAUUUCAGUGGCCACGGAGGUAGAGUCAAGGAUAUUCACGGGGACGAAGAUGAUGGUUAUGACGAGACUAUUUAUCCUGUUGAUUUCGCAACUUUUGAAGGCGAGUCAGGACAAAUUGUGGAUGAUACAAUUCAUGAUUUGUUAGUCAGACCUUUAUGCGAAGGUUGUCGUUUAACCUGUAUUUUUGACAGCUGUCAUUCCGGAACUGCUUUAGAUUUGCCAUUUGUCUACUCUACAAAGGGUGUCAUCAAGGAUACAAACCUAUUCAAGGGUGCCGGUAAAGGUUUGAUUUCCGCAGGUAUGUCUUAUGUUGCUGGCGACACCCAAAGAGCCAUUUCCUCUUUAAUUGAGUUGGGCAAGGGAAUCUUUAGUGCCCGCGAUGUAGAAGAGGAAAAUAGGCAACGCAACUUUUCUGCCGCUGAUGUCAUUAUGUUUUCUGGAUGUAAGGAUGAUCAAACUUCUGCAGAUGCUCAAGAGGCUGGAAAAGCUACUGGUGCUAUGAGUUAUGCGUUUACAAAAACUCUUCGCAAAAACCCAGAUCAAUCUUACCAAGCAUUAUUGAAUAGUGUGCGUGCAAUUUUGGAGGAUAAAUACGAACAACGUCCCCAAUUAAGUGCUUCUCAUCCUAUUGAUGUGAACCUUAAAUUCGUUUGUUAG